AUGCCGGGCACCUGCCACCGGCUACGGAUACCAUCGAUCAUCUCCAACCGCUCCUCGAAUGGCGCAUCGUCCUCCACAUCCUCGUCCUCGGCAGGUGUCUCCGCCGGACCUUCGAUUACCGAUGACGACCUGUUCGGAUGCGAAGGAGUUAUGCCCUCGUCGCCACCGGCCACGGUCAAGAAGGAGCGUCAUCGGGUGACGAUGAUGGGUGCGGCCCGCGUUGGCAAGUCAUCCAUCAUCUCCCAGUUCCUGUACGAGAAGUAUCUGUCGCGCUACAAGCAAACGAUCGAGGAGAUGCACCGCGGUGAGUACGAGCUCCCCGACGGUUCGACCUUGACACUGGACAUUUUGGACACGUCCGGUUCGUACCAAUUUCCGGCCAUGCGUGCCCUUUCCAUCAACAAGAGCGGAGCGUUUAUACUGGUGUACGCCGUGGACGAUGAGGAAUCCUGGAACGAGGUGGAACGAUUGCGCGAACAGAUCAUCGCGGUACGUGGCACACGAGUGCCGAUCGUGAUCGUUGGCAACAAGGCGGACGUGCUCGAGGAACAUCGGCAGAUCCCGUUUAAGGUGGCACGCUCCCGGGCCCUGCUCGAGUGGGGUUGCGGAUACGCCGAAUGUUCGGCCAAGAACAACGAAGGCAUCCUGACCGUCUUCAAGCAGCUGCUCCGACAGGCCAACAUUGAGUACAACCUGAGCCCUGCCGUCCGUCGUCGGCGAAAGUCGCUACCGAGCUACACCGGCGGCACCAACCCAGCGCGGGCCAACACCGCAAGGUAUUAUCUCAAGAGGCAUUCCUGCUCGGUGCAGUAG